GCCAAAUUUGCUUCCCUUAUUCUCCUUCUUUCCUUUUCGCUGUACUCUUCAUUCAGCACCUACAAACACUCUCACAAAACCCUAGUUCUGAUCCACUAUACAAAAGUGCGAGUAUGGCAGGAGACCGGUUUCUUGCGAAAGGCGUGACGAGGACAAAGCGGCAGCGCAACGGGCGGCCAGUCAGCAAAGGAGCUACAUCGACCGGGGCAAAGGCGCGUUCACGAAAGGCCACAAAGGGCUCCGACGAGUCGGGAAGCGACUCUGAUGCCAUCGGAGACAUUGAGAGCCUGGAGCACCGGUAUGGGCCGAACGAAGAUGAGCUCUCCUCAGAAGACGAGGAUGAGUUCUUAGAGACUGCAGCGGACAAGCGGCUGCGGCUGGCCAAGGAGUACAUUGGCAAGGUGCGCACUGCCACCGAGCAGCACUCGGGGGAAAUUGAUGCGGCGCAGAUUGAUCGCGAUCUGAUUGCCGAGCGGUUGAUGACCGACGCCAAGGAGCGCACGGGCAAGUGGAGCCGGCGGAUUGCCGACCAGUUCCUGUAUACGGUGGACAAAGAGUGCCUGACGGAGCUAAAGCAAGGCCUCCGGGGGGUAGUUACGUGCGCGGCAGUUACGCCAGACGGCAAGUUUGUGUUCAGCGGAUCAAAGGACGGGUCGGUGAUCAAGUGGGACGCACACAACGGCAAGCGUAUCUGGACGGUCAAGGCGCAGCGCAAGCAGAAGGGUGGGCAGGCUGUGGCAGCAGAAGCGGGCAAAAAGAAGGCUGUGGGCCAUUCCGACCAUAUUCUGUCGAUUGCCAUCAGCAGCGACGGGCAGUUUGUGGCCACGGGCGGGCGCGACCGCAAGAUUAACGUAUGGGCGGUGCGCGACUGCCGGCACUUGACAACGUUCCAUCAGCACAAGGACUGGGUGACGGGUCUGGUGUUCCGCCGUGGAACGAACCACCUGUACUCGUGCUCGGCCGACCGUAUGGUGAAAAUGUGGAACAUUGACGAGCUGGCGUACAUGGACACACUGUUUGGCCACCAGGAUUCGAUCAUCUCGAUCUCUGCGCUGCAGCGCGAGCAGGCAGUCACUGUCGGCGGACGCGACAAAACCGUGCGUCUCUGGCGCAUCGCCGAUGAGGCACAGCUUGUGUUCCGUGCCGGUUCGACUACAGACCAGCACCGCCUCACCAAGUCGCUGGCUGAUUCUGCCAAAAGCGACGCGACCAGCGCCCUGGAUCUGAACCAGGCAACACGUGGCGACAUUGCGCGCCACGAGGAUCUGCUGCGCGAGCUAGCUGGACAGGAAGCCGAGUUGCACGAGGGCAGUGUUGACUGCGUGGCCAUGGUCGACGAGGAGACAUAUGUGACGGGCGGGGACUCGGGCGCUCUCUCUCUGUGGAGCGUGCAAAAGAAGAAGCCGAUCUUUGUCCAGCAUGCUGCCCACGGCAUGCAGGCUAACGCCGAUGGCUCGCAGUCGACGCGUCCGCGCUGGAUCACGGCUCUGGCCACAGUGCCAUACACCGACCUGAUCUUGUCGGCUUCCAGUGACGGAUACAUGCGCCUGUGGCGUAUGCGCGAUGGCAAGCUGCCGGGCUUUGAUCUGGUCAAUGUGAUCGAGGUCGGUGGCAUUGUCAACAGCAUCGACGUCAAGGAGAUGAAUGGCACCAACGGCGGCGACAGGGAUGUGCUGGCAGCGAAGCGCGAUCUGGUGGUUGUGGCUUCGGUAGGUCUGGAGCCAAGACUCGGCCGGUGGGCCAAGGGCACUGCGCGGAAUGCAGUCAAAGUCUUCCGUCUGUUGGCAGCCAAGCCGCAGCACAAGUGAGUUCUGGGUCAUUUCCAAGCCGAGUACAGUUCCUGAGCCGUUUUGAAUACAAAAAAGAUUUAUAGCUGUC